GAGCGAAGUUAGAAUUCAGUUCGGUGGUGUUUCGUCGACAGGAAUUCAUCGUAUAAGUGAAACCAGCGAUUAGAUUGGAAAAAACAAUGUCGACGGCAGGACCGGAAUUAGUAGCCGGCUCGAUGGCUGCCACUGCAGCCACGACCGCUGGACUUUCGGCGACGACUGUCUUUCUAUCUCUCUUCAUACCCGCCCUUAUCCUCUAUGCCAUCUACUUCAGGAUCUCCAGGCGUCAUAUGUACGAGCUCGCCGAGAAAAUACCUGGACCUCCCGCCUUGCCAAUCCUUGGAAACGCGUUGGAUUUCAUCGGAAGCUCAGACACAAUCUUCCAGACCGUUUACCAGAAGUCUUUCGAAUUUAAUGAAGUGAUCAAGCUAUGGAUCGGUCCUAAAUUGAUUGUCUUCUUGGUUGAUCCCCGAGACGUCGAAGUGAUCCUUUCCAGCCAUGUGUACAUCGACAAGUCCGCCGAAUACAGGUUCUUCAAACCAUGGCUCGGUGAUGGUCUCCUUAUUUCUUCUGGUCAGAAAUGGCGUAAUCACCGCAAGCUGAUCGCGCCGACUUUCCACUUGAACGUGUUGAAGAGUUUCAUUGACCUCUUCAAUGCUAACUCCCGCGCCGUGGUUGAGAAGAUGAGGAAGGAAAAUGGCAAGGAAUUCGACAUCCAUCACUACAUGUCCGAGCUGACGGUGGAAAUCCUUUUGGAAACCGCCAUGGGCGUCUCUAAGACCACACAGGACAAAAGCGGUUUCGAAUACGCCAUGGCAGUGAUGAAAAUGUGUGACAUUCUUCACCUUCGUCACACGAAAGUAUGGCUCAGGCCAGACUUCCUCUUCAACCUCACGAAAUACGGCAAAGAUCAGAUCAAACUUCUGGAAAUCAUCCACGGACUCACCAAGAAAGUUAUUAAGCGCAAGAAGGAGGAAUACAAGAGUGGAAAGAGGAACAUCAUCGACACCACUGCUCAGAAAACCGAGAAGAAUACGACUGUAAUAGAGGGUGUCUCGUUCGGUCAGUCUACUGGACUGAAGGACGAUCUCGACGUUGACGAUGAUGUAGGUGAGAAGAAGAGGCAAGCUUUCUUGGACCUCCUGAUCGAAGCCGGACAAAACGGUGUCAUCCUUAAUGACCAGGAAGUCAAGGAACAAGUAGACACCAUCAUGUUCGAGGGACAUGACACGACUGCCUCCGGAUCCAGCUUCUUCCUCGCGAUGAUGGGUUGCCACCCUGACAUCCAAGAGAAAGUGAUCCAAGAAUUGGACGAGAUCUUCGGUGACAGUGACAGACCUGCCACUUUCCAAGACACCUUACAGAUGAAAUACCUCGAGCGUUGCCUUCUGGAAACGCUCCGAAUGUACCCACCAGUACCCAUCAUUGCCCGUGAAAUUAAGACAGACUUGAAACUCGUGUCUGGAGACUACACUGUCCCGGCCGGUUGCACGGUGGUGAUCGGUACCUUCAAGCUGCACCGACAGCCGCACAUCUACCCGAACCCGGACGAGUUCAACCCUGACAAUUUCCUGCCGGAGAAGACGGCGAACCGUCAUUACUACGCGUUCGUUCCGUUCUCCGCAGGACCGCGAUCAUGCGUGGGCCGCAAGUACGCGAUGCUCAAGCUGAAGAUCGUCCUCUCGACGAUCCUCAGGAACUUCCGCGUUCGAUCGGACAUCAAGGAGGCGGACUUCCGGCUGCAGGCCGAUAUCAUCUUAAAGAGGGCCGAGGGAUUCAAAGUGAAGCUGGAACCGAGGAAAACGAUGGUAGCGGCAACCGCAUAAAAUUUAAGCAAUGAUUUACUUAAGGAUUUUUAUGAAAAAAUCAGCAGGCUUGCCGCACGGGUGUCGGGCGCACGCGCGCGGCAAGUCUGUCUUAUUAUACUUAUGAUUGUGUAUAAAUGUCGUGUAUAUUGUCGGUCGUGUAAAGCGUAUAGGUACAUAUUUACUAAUUACGUUGAUAUUUAUCUUAUGCAAUAAAUUAUGCAACCAUACGGUUGCGAAAUCUAA